AUGAAGUCUGGAGAAGAACUGAACCCUUGCAAAGUUGUCGAAAAUAGUGGCUACGGUUCAAAUAAAUUUUCACUUGUGAGAAAUAAUGAUGGAACUGCUUCACUCAAAGUAAUUCGACCCUUGGAUUAUGAGGAUACCCAUGGCAACAUCAUGAGGUUCCAAAUACAGGUUACUGAUAAGGGUGAUAAUGAUACAUCACAACAAUAUUACACAAGAUAUGCUUGGGUAACUGUUAAGCUCAGAGAUAUUAAUGACAAUAUGCCUGUGUUUGAGAAACUUCAUGCUGAGGUUACAUUACCAGAAGACGUUGCAGUGGGAAAAAUAGUUGAAAUAUUUAAUGCAAGGGAUCCUGAUGGUGAUGGCCAGAGCAAAGUGUCUUACAGUAUCUCAUAUGAUCUAGAUGCUUUGCAGCACUUUUACAUCAAUCAGGAUGGCAAAAUACUGAUUAAGAAAGAACUUGAUAGAGAAGUCACUCCUUGGCAUAAGGUUAACAUCUUAGCAGUUGAUGAUGGAAUUCCAGCAAAGACAUCCACAGCAACUUUGUUAGUCAUUGUUGAAGAUGUUAAUGAUAAUCCACCGCAUCUGAUGGAGAAUUAUAACCCUGUUUUAUAUGAGCAUACACCACCUACAGAAAUUAUAGAAAUACUUGGAGCAGAUGCUGAUGAUUAUUCAAGAAAUAAUGGGCCACCAUUCACAUUUAGAAUGGCUCCCAAUGCAGAUGAUAAGAUCAGGCAGUCAUUCAGUGUAACUUUUGAUCAAAAAGGUCCGAAUGGCCAUGGCUCAGCUGUUAUAUCAUCAUUGAGGUCUUUUGACCGAGAAGAACAAAAAGAGUACUUUGUACCUAUACUAGUGACAGAUGCUGGCCACCCUCAGCUCUCUGGAACAGCAACUGUGAGAAUUGUUAUUGGUGAUAUCAAUGAUAACAAAAUGGGACCUGGAAAUAAAAAUGUGUUGGUUUAUAAAUAUCAGGAUCAAACUCCAGAAACAGAUAUUGGGAGAAUAUAUGUUGAAGAUCCAGAUGACUGGGAUUUAAGAGAUAAAACAUUUUAUUGGAGGACAUACGAACAUCAUAGAUUCAAAAUUGAUGAAGACACUGGGAUGAUUACAAUGAAGCAUAAUACACCUGAUGGAAUCUAUAAGCUGGAUUUCAGAGUAUGUGAUCACAUGCACUUGCAGAACAAUGUGACAGCAAGUGUGACUGUCACAGUUAAAACUAUUCCAUAUGACAGAGUAAUUAAUUCAGCAUCAGUACGAUUUCAUGGAAUAUCAGAUGAAGAUUUUGUAAGAGAAUUGAAUGAAACAGAUAACAGAGUGGAACGCUUUAGAAGCUACGUUGCAGAAAUACUCAACACUGGAAAGAAAAAUGUGGACAUUUUCAGUGUAAAGCAGCACAGCUGGCACCCCCCUGUACUUGACAUUUUCUUUUCUGUUGCUGCUUCAAGACAUCAAAGACAUGAAACAGUAAAUGGACUUUUGCAGAUACAUAAAGAAGAGGUUAAAAGAAGAACUGGUCUGGACAUGUCAAUGGCUGGCAUAAAUUACUGUUUCAUUGAAAGAGUGCAAUGCCAAGAGUCAUGUACUGAUAGCCUCAGAGUAAUAAAUCAACCACACCUGGUGGAUGCCAAUUUUACAUCACUAGUUGGCCUAACAAUCAUAGUUACACCGGAAUGCAGGUCCAGAAUAAAGAAAUUUGCCUCUGAAACUUGUGCAGAAUAUCACUGCUAUAAUGGAGGCCACUGUCUCCAGAAAGGCACCAAUUUACGAUGUGUAUGCCCUGUUGGUUUCAAAGGACCUCGUUGUCAACAGACAGUGAGAAGUUUUCAGACUGGUGGAUGGGCUUGGUUUUCUUCACUCCGUCCACAAGCUGAAAAUCACCUUAGCCUAGAAUUCAUAACACAUAAAGAAGAUGGCGUGCUGUUGUACAAUGGUCCUUUGUCAUUCGCCACUUCAAAUAAUGUAUCAGAUUACAUUGCAUUAGAGAUAAGGCAGGGUGAACCCAGACUGUUGAUCCAUAUAGAUGAUAACACAACAGAACUAAUCUUGAAAGUAACAAACUAUGUAAAUGAUGGAAAAUGGCAUCAGGUUGACAUAUACUGGAACCACAAGGUAAUUAUAAAUUUCAAAUACUGUGAAAAUGUACAGCUAUAA